UGAGUCUUGAGUCUUGAGUCUCGAUUCGUUUUUUGAGCUGAUCAGGUCCAACCUCCUUGGAUGAACCGAUCAAUACCCUUGGGCCAAGUCUUGUUUUGUUUUAUGAGCAAUAUUUUAAGGGUUUUGAAAACCAACUUGAAAUGAGAAUGUUGGGCGGUUGAGGAAUGUUCUUUAUAUCGAACCUCCGGUAGAAUAUCGCCGGAUUCCCGAUCACUUUCCGGCGAUCCCUAUGCGAAUUUUGUAAUGUUUCGUGGCUUGUAAUGGUGUAAUUCUUUACUGUUCUUGAUACAUUGCAGAGAUGUCUCGCGUGGUGCCCCCUUCGCAUAUCAAUAAAUCAAAGACGCUCGACAACAAAUACAUGCUUGGAGAUGAGAUCGGGAAGGGAGCGUAUGGUCGUGUAUAUAAAGGCUUGGACUUGGAGAAUGGAGACUUCGUUGCAAUUAAGCAAGUUUCUCUGGAGAAUAUUGCUCAAGAGGGUCUCAACAUUAUAAUGCAAGAGAUUGAUUUUCUAAAGAUUUUGAACCACAAAAACAUUGUAAAGUAUCUUGGAUCCUCAAAGACAAAGACACACCUGCACAUUAUUCUUGAGUAUGUAGAGAAUGGCUCACUUGCAAACAUUAUUAAACCAAACAAAUUUGGUCCCUUCCCAGAAUCAUUAGUUGCUGUUUAUAUUGCCCAGGUUUUGGAAGGCUUGGUUUAUCUGCAUGAACAAGGUGUAAUUCAUCGGGACAUCAAAGGUGCGAAUAUAUUGACAACUAAAGAGGGUCUUGUUAAACUUGCUGAUUUUGGGGUUGCUACAAAACUCACUGAGGCAGAUGUUAAUACAUAUUCUGUUGUUGGAACACCAUAUUGGAUGGCCCCUGAGGUGAUUGAAAUGUCAGGAGUUUGUGCUGCUUCAGAUAUAUGGAGUGUUGGCUGCACUGUAAUUGAGCUUCUCACCUGUGUUCCUCCUUACUUUGAUAUCCAGCCUAUGCCAGCUCUCUUCCGGAUUGUUCAGGAUGAGCAUCCUCCUAUACCUGAGCAUCUAUCCUCUGGCAUCACAGAUUUCCUAUGCCAGUGUUUUAAAAAGGAUGCUAGGCAGAGACCAGAUGCAAAAACGUUACUUUUGCAUCCUUGGAUACAGAAUUCAAGGCGUGCUUUGUCCUCACUCCGGCAGUCGAAUGGAAAGAUAAGAAAUUUACGGGAAGAUGUAUCAACCUCUGUAGAAAUUUCAGAUGCAGAUAUUCAAAACAGUGGUGAAAGCCCUACUAGAGAGAAAACAAGAAUUCAUGCCUCUGAAUUUGUACCAGAGGAUUCUGCAAAUGAGUUUAUGGCAACUGACGCUGUUGAUAAAGUCAAUUCUGUUGAGGACUGUAAAUCAAAGGGUGUAGAUAAUUCAAAGGGUCUUCUUUCAGAUAAAGAUCCCACCUUAGUCUUUCAUGACAAGUUGUCCAUGGGGACUAGUUCUGGCAAGCUGCUGUCUACUAAAGAAGAGACUCGUACUAAUAUGGCCUUCCAUGGGCAAUCAAAUAUGGGCUACGACAAUAAAUUAGUGGUGAAUGGAGAAGAGGUAUCUCUUGAAUCACAAAGGACAAGCAUCAGUACAGGUGAACAUGAUGGAAAAGGGGAUCAUAUGGAUGGUGAGAAUAAUUUACCUAAUGUUCGGCCAAAGAUGCAAGACAUCACUUCCCAUAAGGCUGCAAAGGCAUCAGUAAACUGUGGAGGUGAACUGAGUAAAUUCAAUGAUGCACCUGGAGAUGCUUCAUUUGAUGAUUUAUCUCAACCAUUGGGUAAAACCAAAGAAACCCGGGCUGCUGAAGCUUCAACAUCUGCUUCCUCACAAAUGAAUCAAGGCAGUGCAAUUCCACAUGGUGCUCAAAAGAAUGACCUGGCAACAAAGCUCAGGGAUAGAAUGGCUCAGAAGCAGAUGGACAAUGAAAGGGGGUAUACAAAUGGAGGGGACCUGUUGUGCCUUAUGAUGGGUGUCCUGGGGGAAGAUGUGAUUGGCAUUGACAAUUCUGUUUUUGAUGAAAAAAUGUCUGGAGACAACCUUUUACCCCUACAGGCUGUUGAGUUUAGCAGAUUAGUUGGGUCACUGAGGGCAGAUGAACCAGAAGAUGUGAUUGUAUCUGCAUGUCAAAAGCUGAUGGCUUUCUUUUAUGAGCGCCCUGAACAGAAAAUUGUUUUUGUUACACGGCAUGGUUUGCUACCUCUAGUGGAACUACUUGAAGUUCCUAAAACUCGUGUUACAUGUUCUGUGCUUGAAAUUAUAAAUCAAAUAAUCAAAGACAAUAUUGACUUUCAAGAAAAGGCUUGCCUAGUUGGCUUGAUUCCUGUUGUGAUGAGUUUUGCACUACCUGAUCGUCCCUGGGAAGUUCGCAUGCAAGCUGCUUAUUUCUUUCAGCAACUUUGUCAGUCCAGCUCGUUGACACUGCAAAUGUUCAUUGCUUGCCGUGGAAUACCUGUUCUAGUGGGCUUUCUGGAGGCUGAUUAUGCAAAGUACAGGGAAAUGGUUCAUCUAGCCAUUGAUGGCAUUUGGCAGGUUUUCAUGCUUCAGCGCUCUACACCCAAAAACGAUUUUUGUCGCAUAGCUGCAAAGAAUGGUAUACUUAUUAGGCUAAUUAACACCCUUCACAGCUUGAACGAAGCUACUCAAUUAGCUUCAAUGUCAAGUGGGGAUUACCCUUCAUCUACAGGAAAAUUUGAACCAUCACGUGCUUCAGAUGGCAGUCAACCUGAUGCCAGGUACAUUCCUGGAGAGCCUGAUAAACCUUGGUCAAGCAAUGCUGUAAUGGAUCCAUCAGUUACUUCUAAGUUUCUUGAGCCAAAAGUUCAGGAAAACAUUGGGAAUCAAGGAAACAAAGAACCUGCAACCAAAGAUUGGGAACUCUUGGAUCAAUGGAAAACUGAUCCUUCUCGAGCAGAAGUUGACCUUCUUAGGCAACAGCAGCUCACGAAGUCUGGUAGUAGGACAUCUACUGAUAAGCCUCCAAAGCAGAUGGAAUCAAAUGGGUUCCUCACUUCAUUAGCUCCUCAGAAAGAUCAAGUACGACCUAUUCUCAGCUUGUUGGACAAGGAACCUCCAUCCAGACAACUUUCUGGGAAACUUGAGUUUGUACAUCACCUCUCUGGAUUAGAGAGACAACAAAGUAUAAAGCCACUAUUACAUGCAUCUGCAGAAAGGAGAACAAAUUGUGAACUAGAUUUCCUGAUGGCAGAUUUUUCAGAAAAUGGAAAUUUGGACUGUGCUCCAAGAAUGUCUCAUAAAGCAGUUAAUAAGAAGGUAGGACUAGCGACAUUUAAUGAUGGAGCUGCUUCAGCAUCAGGAAUUGCAUCUUGGACCACAUCAGGGGUACUUUCUGGUUCAGGUGUUCUAAAUGCUAGACCAGGGAGUACUUCAUCCUCUGGCUUACUCUCCCGUAUGGUAUCAACGAUGAAUACAGAUGUGGCCCAGGAAUAUUUAGAGAAAGUGGCCGACUUGCUGCUCAAAUUUUCACAAGCAGAUACUAUUGUGAAAUCGUACAUGUGCAGCCAAAGCUUGCUUAGCCGUCUUUUCCAUAUGUUUGACAGAAUAGAUUCUCCUAUUCUUUUGAAGCUGUUGAAGUGCAUUGAUCAUUUGUCAACUGAUCCGAACUGUUUAGAGAAUCUUCAGCGGGCAGAUGUGAUCAAACAUUUAAUCCCGAACCUUGAACUCCAAGAUGGGCCUCUUGUAUCUGAAAUACACAAUGAAGUCCUCAAUGCCCUGUUCAAUCUGUGCAAGAUAAACAAAAAGAGACAGGAGCAAGCGGCUGAAAAUGGAAUUAUUCCACACUUAAUGCGCUUCAUCACAUCGGAUUCACAUUUGAAACAAUAUGCAUUGCCUCUGCUGUGUGAUAUGGCUCAUGCAUCUCAUCAUUCAAGGGAGCAAUUAAGGGUCCAUGGAGGGUUGGAUGUGUACUUGAGUCUACUGGAUGAUGAGCCAUGGUCAGUGACAGCACUUGAUUCUCUUGCAGUCUGCUUGGGACAUGACAGUGACAACAGAAAAGUGGAGCAAGCUUUACUGAAAAAGGAAGCAGUUCAUAAAUUAGUGAAAUUCUUCCAAUACUGUCCAGAACAGCAUUUUGUUCACAUAUUGGAGCCCUUCUUGAAAAUAAUCACGAAAUCAGCGCGAAUAAAUACAACAUUGGCUGUCAAUGGUUUAACACCACUGCUGAUUGCAAGGCUCGAUCAUGAAGAUGCCAUUGCUCGCCUCAAUCUGCUCAAGAUGAUAAAGGCUGUUUAUGAGCAUCACCCGCGGCCGAAGCAACUGAUUGUGGAGAAUGAGUUGCCUCAGAAGCUUCAGAAUCUUAUUGAGGAGCGCAGUGGCCCAAGCUGUGGAGGCCAAGUUUUGGUGAAACAGAUGGCCACUGCAUUACUUAAGGCGCUUCACAUCAACACAGUUUUGUAAAUUCAGGUCCCUUUCAUUUAUUCCUUGUAUGUUUGAUGAUUUCCCAUGAGGAAGCAAUGUAAUUAAGUUUCUACUCUUUUAUUACCCAAGAAAGGGGGAAAAAAAGAACAAAAUGAAACUGUUUCUGCUCUUCAAUUUUGUUUUUGUAUAUUAAUGUGGCGUCAAUUCCAGAGUUC